UGCCUUAGAACAGCUGUUUCCGUUUGCACUUUUGGCGGGAAAAUAACUUCCAAAUUUGUUUACAAUAUAAAGGAUUUUGCGGUCGUAAUUCGCGAAUAUCCAGGAUGGAUCAGUAUCCCGAUGAGAACGAGGAGUACGAGCUGCAAUACCAAGAUGAACUGGAGCUACUGGAGGAUUUGCCGGACGAGUUCAAUGAGGCUCCCGCUCCCAGCACCUCGAAACAAAAGGAAAACCAGGCUCCUCCCUUAAAGGAUGUCUCCCGCCUGGGUAACUCCACUCUGGGAUCGCCUCAGCUUUCACAGAUUACUUUUGGAGCGAGUCAGUUGGGAACAGAAGAUCUAGAAGCAGGAACUUCUACUGGAGGCCUUGUAAAUCGACGGCUAUUUGGGACUCCCAAGGGACCACCGGUGGGCAGAGGCUGCUCCACGCCCUUCCAGCGAAUGCCCGCCAUCCAGGAGCUGGAGAGCACCCAACUAACUAGUCGGGGAUUCGACGAGGAGCCCGAGAAUCCCGCCGCCAAUCAACUCCAGGAAGUGGGUCUCAAAAACCUCAAUAAGCGCCGCCUGGAACGUGAUCUCUUCGGGGAUAUAGAUGACCUAUUUCACGAGUCCUACGAGGAUCCCAUGGUCAAAAAGGCCCGCACCGAGGAGCAGCGAGAUCACGAGGCCAUUGAUAAGAUCCUCGAACUCCGCCGCAAAUUGCGCGAGUCCAGCAAAACGCUGCGAAAAGAUGAUGUCAGUCGGUUGAAGGCGCUCCAUGACUUCAAGAUGCGGAAUCUCUCCUACGACAUACCCAACUGGCCCUUCCUAGCCAUCCAACGCAGCGAUCUCGAGCGGAUCUAUGUCCGUUUCCACUCCGAGGACUACGAGCAAAGGCAGCUGGACAUGAUCAGCGCCCGGGGCGAAGUGGUGGGCAGUCUCUUGGGUGAGGCUAAGGAGAAGAUCUGGCAGGAGGCCAGCGAAAUAGUCUUAAGUCGCUUGGAAGUGGAAAAAGAUUCAGAUGUAACCUUAGUACCCACCGAUUCCCACACCCAACCCGAUCGCCUUUGGGUGGACAAGUACAAGCCGAGGAAAUACAUUGACCUGCUGUCCGAUGAGAUGACCAACAGGAGUCUGCUCUACUGGCUAAAAAUGUGGGACAAGGUGGUCUUCGGCAAGGCCUUUCACAGCAAACAGGAACAAGAGGCGGUGACGGGAGAAGGAGGAGCCGCUGGUGGAGGAGCUAAUAAUCAGCUGAACAGCUUUAAUAAGCGCACUGGCAAAUUCGAAUCCAACGGCGGUUGGCGGCAGCGCAAAUCUCGCCAGGCCCUCAACACAAAUGUGGAUGCUUUGGGCAGACCCAUGCAGAAGGUGGCCUUGCUAUGUGGUCCUCCAGGUCUGGGCAAGACCACUCUAGCUCACACCAUAGCCCGGCAUGCUGGGUAUAAUGUGCGGGAGAUCAACGCCUCCGAUGAUCGCAGUCCAGAGGCCUUUAAACUGGCCCUGGAGAAUGGCACACAAAUGUCUUCGGUGCUGAAUGCAGACAAGAGACCCAACUGCAUAGUUCUAGAUGAAAUCGAUGGCGCUCCCCGGCAGUCCAUCGAGUAUCUGGUCAAAUUCAUCAGCGAUGGGAUCUACAACAAAGUAAAAGCCAAGGGCGCCAAGGCGGAGCACAACGUCCUAAAGCGACCCAUCAUCUGCAUCUGCAACGAUGUCUACGAUCCCGCCCUGCGUCCCCUAAGACAAGUGGCCUUCGUGGUCACCUUUCCGCCCAUCGAUGCUGCGCGUCUGGCGGAAAGGUUGGUUAAGAUUGCCCACAGAGAGCAGCUAAAGACAGAUUUUGGUUCACUGAUUGCCUUGGCUGAGAAAUCUGGAAAUGAUGUCAGAAGCUGUAUAUCCUCCAUGCAGUUUUUCAAUGCCCAAAAACACAGUUUGACCCUGCAAGAUGUGCUCAAUAAUAACCUGGGACAAAAAGACAGACAUCAGGGACUUUUCGCUGUGUGGGAUGCUAUUUUCCGAAUCCAACGUCCACGUAAAACCCUGCAAACAGACGCCAAUAAGAUGGAUGAACCCGGCCAGGUCACAAUGACCAAUAUGUCGGUAACCACACGAGUUCGCAAUGUUUUAGAUGUUGUCCACUCCAGUGGGGACUACGAAAGACUAACCCAGGGCGUUUACGAGAACUACCUGCAGCAGAAGAUGCCCGAUCCGAACUUUACGGGCGUGUGCGAUGCCCUCAAAUGGUUCUGCUUCACGGAUACGGUGCAGCAUCAGAUUAGCAGACAGCAGAACUACAGUGUGUACCCGUACCUGCAGUACGGCUUUGUCGUCUGGCACCUGCUGUUCGCCACACUGGCCUGGCCGAAAAUUGCAUUUCCCACGCGUGGCUUUGAGCUCCAGCAGAAGAGCACCAAUCAGAGGAACAUCUUCCAGGCCCUGUGCAAGGGUGUCACCACCUCGGCUUUGGGCGUGGGUCAGGGCAAGACGCUGCUCCUGGACACGGUGCCGCUGCUAAAGAGGAUUCUGUCGCCCCAGUUGCGCUCCGUGGCGGUGCAGCUGCUGUCUCUGAAGGAGCAGCAGGACCUACGGCACACCAUCGAGGUGAUGGUUGAUCUCGGCCUGACUUUCGUGCAGGUCAAGUCCCAGGAAGGCCACUAUGUCUUCCAAACAGAGCCCGAUCUGGAUGCACUCAGUGCUUUUCCAGGUUUUACUGGCCUGUCGCUUCCCUACUUCAGUCGCCAGCUGAUAGCCCGCGAGGUGGACCUGGAGAGAAUCCGGCGAGCUGCCCCCAAGGGUGGUGCACCUUCAGCCCCCUCAGCAGCCAAGAAGAAAUCCUCGGCUGCUGCAGCUCAGCUGCCCAAUCAUUUGCAAACAUUGAAGCCGAAACCAAUUUCGGCGCCCAAUGUGCACAGUGCACCCAAACAGCAGCUCACCAAGGACUUCUUUGGUCGGAUCACUCACAAAUCAAGUUCCAAAAAUUCAGUAGAGGAUGCAAAAACCGAUGCCAUCGUGAAGAGCCCCAUUUGGUAUCGCUAUAAGGAGGGCUUCAACAAUGCCGUCCGCAAGGAUGUUCACAUACACGAACUGCUUUAGCCAACUUAAGUCCGUCACUUAAUUUAUUUAAAAAUGUACAAUUAAAAAAAUUUAAUUUUAUAAGC